AUGCCUUCAAAACUCACAUUUCACGCCCCAGGGCCAAAUGUUCCGGAUGACAACGUCUCAUCCCUUCAUCACCAGUCUACCGUGACCACCAAUGCAAUUUACAACAAGUACAUUUCGAAUACCGCACUAGCAGCUCCAACCCCUGAAGAAGCUCCCAAAAUCCCCGCCCCUCAUCUCUUCGAAUUCACGAACCCAAAAUCAUUCUGCUCGUCGAUUUCUCCGGACUCGUCAUGGAAUCCUCCUCUCACCGCAGAAUGUGCGGCACAUCUGGAGUUUCUCGAAACGCUCUUCACGACGCGAAGUCAGGUUUUGAAUUCCAAGAAAAUCAGUGCCGCAAUGGGAUAUUCGAGCCUCCUUAAACCUACUACUAAGACCAUUUCGAAAUGGCACAACGGAAAGUGGCUGAAGUAUAUCGAGUUUGCCGUUAUCCGGUUCUUUAUAUGGAAAGAAUGCCUGAAGCCCGGCUCCAAGAAUGUUGACUACUGUCCACCCCUUGAUGUAUUGAUGGUGUGGCAUUCUCUUCUUCUCAAUCCGGUCUUACUUCACAUGCACUUCACAGAAGAUCCCAUUAUCAAUGUCAAAUUUCCCUGGGAGCGCUUCCACAAUCACUUGAACAACAAGACUUGGGAUUUUAGCCUUUCAUCACGUGAAAAACAGGAUUUCAUCAAAAACACGGCGAUGAGAUUACAUCUUUUUACCAUUUUUAAGGAUUGGCCGGUUCAGACUACUGCUGUCAAGGAGAAAACCUACAUUGGACUGCACGACUUUUCUUUUGGGAAAUCGCCCGCGGAAAAGCUCUCACAUCUGCUCCCUAAAGGGGAGAAGGCUAAGUCGAUCCAGCUUUACUCAAUGGCAUUUAGACAUGUCCCUGUUCAUAUUGCAGAGGAGCUUCGCGACGCCGUGAAACGCCAGUUUGCCUUUGUGGAAAAGAUGCAUGACCACCUCUGGAUCCGCAGCCCUGGUCUUGAGGGUACUCUAGAGAGAGCUAUUAACCGGUACGACGAGUUUCUUGAACUUAUGAAACGGGAGCCUGGUACCAUGCUCGUCCCGACACUGGACAUUGAUCUGGUUUGGCAUACACAUCAGUGCACGGCCUCACAGUAUGCAGAAGAUAUGAAGGCGAGGGUAGGCCGAUUUAUUAAUCAUGACGACAAGAUUGCCGCUGUUGAGCUGAGCAGCGGAUUUGAUCGGACAGCGGGGCUGUAUAUGAAGCAUUUUGGCAAAAACUAUUCGAUCUGUGGCUGCUGGGAGUGUGAGCUGCUGACCUCGAAGAUGGGGCAGGUUGUUAUCUCUGGAGAAGAGAUUGACAUGGAUAGAGUCGUCCAAGAAAUAAAGGAUGAGAUGCUCUAUUAUCGCGCAGUCGAGGUCAAGAGAAGGGAAAAGAAGCCCCUACCAAUCCGUUGA